UAUGUUUAAGUACACAAUUUUGUGUUGGAUCACAUGCAUAGCUGUCUUGUGUGCAUGCGGCAGCGGAGUGGGCGCGCCUGAAAACCAAAAGGAUAAGGAAUCCAUGGCGGGUUGAGAGGAAGGCGCUAGUCAGAGUUGACUCCAUGUCUUCUGAAGGGACGAUCGGACCGGAAGAGGCCAAGGUGGUGACCGGAGCGGCUUUCCCGCGCUGCUCGGCUGCACCAGCGCACUGACUCCCGGUUUCAGGAUCACCGCCCUCGAGAGGCGGGGCCGAGCUCAGGCCAGCAGAAAACUCUCCUUCCCGGCGUGCCUAGCGGCGCGCCCCACGAGCCGGGGGGGGUGAGGGCGGAGCCCGUGCGCGUGCGCAGUAGCGCACCGCGCUGACGGGGUUGGCGAGGCGGUCCCUUCGAGCGUGUUAGUUCGCUCCCUGAAGAGAGUGAAGACGGUUGCGCUCCCGCGGUCUCGUGCGUUCGCUGGGAGAUGCCCUUUGCUUCUUGGAUGUAAUGCACUUUAUGUUUAUUAUUCAUCAGUGAAAAUGAGUCAUACAGAGGUUAAAUUAAAAAUACCUUUUGGAAAUAAAUUACUGGAUGCUGUUUGUUUGGUACCUAACAAGAACAUAGCAUAUGGAAUAAUUCUUACACAUGGAGCAUCAGGAGAUAUGAAUCUUCCUCAUUUGAUGUCACUGGCAUCCCAUCUUGCAUCUCAUGGGUUUUUCUGCCUAAGAUUUACUUGCAAAGGUCUUAAUAUUGUACACAGGAUUAAGGCAUAUAAAGCAGUUUUGAAUUACCUAAAGACCUCAGGAGAAUACAAACUUGCUGGUGUUUUUCUUGGAGGCCGUUCAAUGGGCUCGAGAGCAGCUGCUUCUGUAAUGUGUCACAAUGAGCCAGAUGACACUGAUGAUUUUGUUCGAGGUCUCAUUUGUAUUUCUUACCCACUGCACCAUCCAAAGCAGCAACAGAAACUCAGAGACGAAGAUCUCUUUCGUAUAAAGGAUCCUGUACUAUUUGUGUCCGGCUCAGCAGAUGAAAUGUGUGAAAAGAACUUGUUGGAGAAAGUGGCACAGAAAAUGCAAGCUCCCAGUAAAAUCCAUUGGAUUGAAAAGGCAAAUCAUUCUAUGGCAGUGAAAGGACGGUCAACAAAUGAUGUUUUCAAGGAAAUAAAUACACAGAUCUUGUUUUGGAUCCAAGAAAUCACUGAAAUGGACAAGAAAUAAUUGUCAUUAAAAGCCAUGUUAUUUUGAAUAAAAGUACGGUUAAUUUGAUAAAGAACAAUAUACCUCUCAGCAUUGUGAGAUGUAUUUCAGACUAAUGUUCUUUAAUGUUGCCCUAUUUUUGAAACAUGGUAUUGUGAAAAUAUCCUUUACAAGAUGUCUUUUGAAAGCACUGUUAUAGUUAUAUGAAGAUAAUGUACAAAUAUUGAAGUUGUCUAUAAUUUAUUUUCAUUAGUAUAGGUAAGUUUUGAAAAAUUAAACAUUUGCAUUUUGUUAUAA